CUCUCUCUGUCUACCCAAUAUAUAAUAACACUCAAACCACAUGUAGAGGGACAACAAUAGCAGUCUUGAGACGAAAACACACUAGAGAUAUAGCCUAGCUAGACCGCCACAAGCUUCCUUGUCAAAGACCCCUUCUUUUUCUUCGUCUUCUUCUUCAUUUUCUAGUCUCUCGCUAGCUUCCAUGUCUGAUCAUGAACCACUUUAUAAAGAUCUUUACUACGGCCAUGAUCAACUUUUUCAGGUCGAUCAAGAAUAUUUAACUUCUUCUUCGAAGCUUUCCACUUCCAACAUGUCUUCAUCAAGUUCAACGCCUUAUAAUCUACAAGGGUUUGAUGUGAUUCCCACUUCAUACAUGAGUUUCACAGAGUGUUUACAAGGAUCAUCCAUGGACUACAAUUCUCUAAUCACAAGUACGGCUUUUGGUUUGUCUCCUUCAUCUUCUGAGGUAUUUUCGUCCAUUGAAGUUAAUGAUCAUCAAAAGCCUCUUGAUCAUCAUCAUCAUCAUCAUCCUAGUCUUGGAGAUCAUUUAGGUAGUAAUAGUAGUAGCGAUCAAAAUCCGGUGACCGCACGUGAUCACUCAAAUUCGAUUUCGUCUUCUUCGACUGAGGCUGGUGCAGAAGAGGAUUCUCCGGGGAAGAAAGAUGGGAAACCAAAAGAGUCGUUAGAAGAUGGAGAAGACGACCCAAAGAAAGUGGGCAAAGCAAAGAAGAAAGGGGAUAAUAAAAGGCAAAAAGAGCCACGGUUUGCUUUCAUGACCAAGAGUGAGGUUGAUCAUCUUGAAGAUGGAUAUAGAUGGAGAAAGUAUGGACAGAAGGCUGUGAAAAAUAGCCCAUAUCCAAGAAGCUACUAUCGUUGCACCACUCAAAAAUGCGGCGUCAAGAAACGCGUAGAGAGAUCUUUUCAGGAUCCGUCCAUAGUGAUAACGACGUACGAAGGCCAGCACAACCACCCCAUCCCGUCCGCACUCCGAGGAAACGCGGCUACGGCUGGGGGGGGGGGGGGGGAACUUCUGUUCCAAAUGCCUCAUCAAUUUCCGUACAAUAACAUCAUCAUGAGUAGUACUAACAACCAAGGUGGAUCAUCAUCACCAGCAGCUGCGAUUUAUGGACAAAACGCAAACUCUCGUGAUCAUAAACAGUACUACGAUGGUGAUCAUCAGAUGCAAGGUGAUCAUGAUGAUGCGUAUGGACUUUUGCAGGAUAUGGUUCCUUCCAUGUUCCUCAAACAAGAGCCAUGA